AAUUGCCUCAUUGGCCAUAUGCCAAUUGCAUUGCGACUAGCCAAAUAUCUUACAGCUUCCUUGCUUGUGCAUUUCCACAGCCCUGAUAGCCAGGCUUUACUUGAAGGAUACCUGAGAUAAUAAAGGAAGACCCAAGGGCCGGUUUACAUCCCAGGAUAAUGAAUUCCACCUUGCUUUCGGGGCCAGAGACGUACUGGGGCCAAUUCGAAGAAAUUUCCAAGUAUAAUACCCACUUAAAUGUGGUCGAAAGACUAUGGACAGCAUGGUAUGCGUGGAUGCAAAAUGAUGUUCUUGCAACUGGAAUCAUGUCCUUUGUAAUGCAUGAAAUUGUUUACUUCGGGCGUUCCCUUCCCUGGAUCUUUAUAGACAGUCUGGGUUUAUUCAAGAACUACAAGAUUCAGAGCAACAAGGUACCAUCCCUACGAGAGCAAUGGGAUUGCGCAAAAUUCGUUCUUCUCAGUCACUUCACUGUGGAACUGCCUCAAAUCUGGCUAUUCCACCCAAUGGCUCAGUUCUUUGGCCUUUCAACCUCGGUCCCCUUUCCUUCUUUGUGGACCAUGGCCUAUCAGAUCGCCAUAUUUUUCGUCUUGGAGGACACGUGGCAUUAUUUUUCCCACCGUGCUCUUCACUGGGGGCCUCUGUAUAAAGCCAUUCACAAGAUUCACCACCAAUACUCUGCACCUUUCGGUAUGGCGGCUGAAUAUGCUUCCCCUAUUGAAGUGAUGAUCCUCGGAUUCGGUACUGUUGGCUGUCCCAUUCUAUGGUGUGCAGUGACCGGGGAUCUACAUAUUUUCACGAUGUACAUUUGGAUUGUCUUGCGACUUUUCCAGGCUAUUGAUGCCCACAGUGGUUAUGAGUUCCCCUGGAGUCUGCAUCAUUUCCUCCCAUUCUGGGCUGGAGCAGACCACCAUGAUCUUCACCACGAGAAGUUUGUAGGAAAUUAUUCCAGCAGCUUCAGGUGGUGGGAUUACGUUUUGGACACCGAAUAUUCUCCAGAGGCCAUCAAGCGGAGAAGGGAGAACAAAGCUAUGAGGGAAACUAAGAAAGCUCAGCCUUAUCUUAUCAGCAUUGGCCCGACUGAUGUCUUGGCCCUAUAA